UGGCCUGCGCGGGUAGGCGCGGGAGCCUCGAGCGCCGCUCGGAUGCAACAGCCGAGCCGCCACUCGGCGCGCGGCGGGAGACCCAGGGCAAGCCGCCGUCGGCGCGUUGGGUGCGGGAAGGGGGCUCUGGAUUUCCGCCCCUCCCGUUUUUCCUCUGAGUCUCGGAACGCUCCGGCUCUCAGACUGUCUUCCUCCCAGGUAAAGACCGGGAGAGGAGGACACAUCUCUUUUCCAGGCACCCCACCAUGGGCAAUGCCUCCAAUGACUCCUGGCCUGAGGACUGCGAGACGCGACAGUGGCUUCCCCCGGGCGAAAGCCCAGCCAUCAGCUCCGUGAUGUUCUCGGCCGGGGUGCUGGGGAACCUCAUAGCACUGGCGCUGCUGGCGCGCCGCUGGCGGGGGGACACGGGGUGCAGCGCCGGCCGCAGGAGCUCCCUCUCCUUGUUCCACGUGCUGGUGACCGAGCUGGUGUUCACCGACCUGCUCGGGACCUGCCUUAUCAGCCCGGUGGUACUAGCUUCCUACGCGCGGAACCAGACCCUGGUGGCACUGGCGCCCGAGAGCCGCGCGUGCACCUACUUCGCUUUCGCCAUGACCUUCUUCAGCCUGGCCACGAUGCUCAUGCUCUUCGCCAUGGCCCUGGAGCGCUACCUCUCGAUCGGGCACCCCUACUUCUACCAGCGCCGCGUCUCGCGCUCCGGGGGCCUGGCGGUGCUGCCCGCCAUCUAUGCCGUCUCCCUGCUCUUCUGCUCGCUGCCGCUGCUGGACUACGGGCAGUACGUCCAGUACUGCCCCGGGACCUGGUGCUUCAUCCGGCACGGGCGGACCGCUUACCUGCAGCUGUACGCCACCCUGCUGCUGCUUCUCAUCGUCGCGGUGCUCGCCUGCAACUUCAGUGUCAUUCUCAACCUCAUCCGCAUGCACCGCCGAAGUCGGAGAAGCCGCUGCGGACCUUCCUUGGGCAGUGGCCGGGGCGGCCCCGGGGCCCGCAGGAGAGGGGAAAGGGUGUCCAUGGCGGAGGAGACGGACCACCUCAUUCUCCUGGCUAUUAUGACCAUCACCUUCGCCGUCUGCUCUUUGCCUUUCACGACAUUCAGGAACUCUGAUGUGGGUUAUUCUCCCCUGAAAACCUGACUCAUCUUAAUGUGUGAAGCUGCAACACCAGAGGCUAUUCCUUUUCUGCACUUCUCUACUGGCCAAUUCAGUGUGAGUAUGUUCUCUGGCUAAACUAGAUCAUCAACUCAGCUGCAGGCCCUUUCUACAGGAGUGCUCAGUUAUGCAUCACGUGCACACAUGUGUGUGCAUAUGUAAUCACGAAUGUGUUUUAAUCUAUAGACCUAUGUGCAUCAUUAUCCUGAAUUUCUUACCUCCAAAUCACUCCUUUCACACACCAGCCUGUAUAGUUUUCAUCCAAAAUAGUUUAACUGACAGGAAAACUAUUGCUCCAUUGCAUCUCCUCACCUAGUUUUCCCCUUCUCUCUGUAAUCUGGGAAACCUAUCAUCAAUUCUUUUUCCUCACUCAUCUGCCAAAUCUUUUCUCCACUCCCUAUGCCAAGAUUCUCCAGCAUAAACACCUAUGGCUGCCAAACCUUCCUGCCCUUGUCCUAACGUAAACAAACUGAAGAUGACUACCCUUUGCCCUCUCUGCAAUUUGCUUUGUAUAUCCAGUUGCCAGAUGCCUGCGGAGUAAGUACGAGGAGAAAGGAAACAAACUGCUCCUUCUUCUGCAGAAAGGGAGCGAAGAAAAGAGGGGCUAGGUCUCUAAAGCCAUUGGUAAGAAAGACCCUGGAGCCUUAUAAAGCACUGGUUUUAAACGACUAGGUGUGAUCUACCUUUGUUUUCCUCUUUUCUGUGAAUUUUGUGGAAGUGUGAUCUUUAUCAAGAUGCACUAUUCCAUUCCUUCCAACCUGCCCAAACAUUUGUGUUGCUCCCUAAGUAUCUAAGAAAUUGUUUGAGAGCUGGUAGAGCAGUUUGGUCCACAUGUAAAGAUGUGUCAGCUUUCCAGUGUUCAGGACAUUGUUCUGGGGCCUUUGCUAAUACAGGCCUGCAUGUAGCACACAGUGAGCACUGCACUGCCAUCAGGAGAGUUGGAAUUUGCAUCCUGAUUUGGCCACUAAUCAGCUCUGGGUACUUAAGUAAAUUAUCUAAUUUUCUAUACCCCAGUGUCUGCAUUUGUAAAAUGGAGAUAAUAACAGUGAACACUGUGGAGCACUUAUGAUGUGAGCACUGAUGUAAGUAGCUUACACACAUCACUUCCUAUCAUCCUUUCAGCAACUCUGUGAAGUGGGUGUGUUAUUAUUAUCACCCAUUUUAAAGAUGUCAAAACUGAGGAAGAAAGGUGCAUUAUUAAUAUCUUGCCAUUGGUCCCAAACUAUAUACAGAGCUAGGAUUCAAACCCAGUCCAAUGGCCAGAACUCAUACUCCCCCUGAGGGUGUUCCAUUGCAGACCCUGUCUCACUGAAUUGCGAUCAUUCGAUUUAGUAUUUGGAAGUAAAUGUAACAUGUUAUUAAUUUUCCUGAAGUUCACUUCCCUAUCUGUAAAAAAGAGACAAUCUCUAAGUUUCAGAGUUUCUCUAAGGAGUAGAGAUAAAGCAGGGUUAGUACCCAGAACAAUUCAUGACACAUAUAUUAGGUUAUUGAUACAUUGGAGCUACUAAUAUUAUCAUUAUUAUUUAUAUUAUUAAAAGAUUCUAUUCUAGGUGACAAGAAAAGUUUAUUUCUGUCCAUUCCCAGUGACACCAGAACAUUGUGCAUAGUGUUAAUGUUAAUUGCAUUCCACAGAAAACAUGCUUUCAUUGAGUUCAAAGGGAAAAAAUACAUUCAUUAUGUUACAGUUUACAUGAGGAAGAAAGGUGAGAUUCCCACAACCCACCUUUCGUUUCCCCCCACUACCACAGACAAAACAUGGUUUUGCUUUUAAAUCUCAAGACAUAACAUAGGAUCUAAGCCUGUCUACUGCUACGAUGUAAAACUAACAUCAUUUUUCCUCUUUGCGUCUUACAGAUUUUUGCAUAUAUGAAUGAAACCUCUUCCAGAAAGGAAAAGUGGGACCUCCAAGCUCUUAGAUUUUUAUCAAUUAAUUCAAUAAUUGACC